UGUAAAAGUUGAUGCUAUAAAGACAGAGAAAGCCUGCUAUUUCCAAGAAGAAAAAAAAGAAAAAGAAAAAGAAAAAGAAAACAGAGUAGAUUCAAAUUCAUCAGUCAUCAAGCCAAUGCCAAGAUCAAGAGGAACAGAGAUGGCAUUGAAGCAGUCUCCACGGACAAGCCCACUUCAAGAGAGGAAGAGAGUGGCAGAGCUUGAAUCUAAGCUGAGUAGUGCUUUGGAGGAAGUGAAGAAGCUGAAGGAGAAGUUGGCAAGGAAUGAGGUGGAAGAGCUGAGAGUGAAGCUGGAGGAAAAGGAGAGAAAGGUUAAGAGUUUUGAGACAGAGAAUGAGAGGUUGAGGUUGGAAAUUAAGGAAGUGGAAGUGGCUCAUGAUAAAGAGAAAGAGUUGGGAGCUAAGUUGGGUUGCAUGGGAGAUGAGUUGAAUGAGAUUAAAGGGAGAGUGGAGGAGAUGAAGGAGAAGUUGGAAAGUGUGGAGAAGGAGAAGUUGGUGAUGGAGAUGGAGAUGAAGAAGAUGAAGGUGCAGAUGGAGCAAUGGAGGAAGGCUGCAGAGACUGCAGCAGCAGUUAUAGCUGAAGAUCAUGGAGUGUGCUCCAUGGAGGAAGAGGAAGGUGGAAGAAGGAAGAGUCUUUUUGGAGAGUUUUGGAAGAAGAAGAACUGCAGUUAAUUCAGUAAAUAUAAGUUGUUUUGCAUAUAUAUAUAUAUAUAUAUAUAUAAUUUAUGGAUUCCAAGUCUCUGUUUUGUAUCUGUUUGCACAGCAGAAGUGUUUUUCUCAGUGGAA